AUGAGUGUAUCAACGCGGAAAGAAUACUCGAGCAUAUUCUACAACAACUUAGGAAUUACUCGGGAGAAUCUAUACGAUUUCUCGGGGGAACUUCAAAUUUCUAAGACAUCUUUUUACCCGAUUGCUUGCGCAAAUUUCAGCGGAAUCAUAGCAGAAGUUCUGAUUUGGAAUUUACACGAAACAAAGUGCGGGUAUAUAGUCAAAGUAUACUCGGGAUCAGGUAAAAUUAUAUCAGGAUACUACUGGAGAACUUCUUUCAAUUUACUUUCUUUCGAUUGGGUACAAAAUGAUACCUUGUUAUUCGUUUUUGAAAACGGGCAAGUGUUCAGUUAUGGAAGUGGAAGACACCACAUUCCCAGAAAAGUAUUACAUCUUUCGAAUUUAUCGAUUUAUGGUGUUGCGUUCUAUAACAAAGGUUUCGUGGCAACAACAAGGCGAGGUUCUCUCGUGAAAGUAUCUUGUGGGGACAAAAUUGUGAAGUUUGUGAAAAUGACUUUAAACACACAAGAAAAUGUACAAUGCCUAGCUAUUAAAGAAUGCGUUACGGGUACAGGGAAAGAUGAUUUGUAUAUUGCAACAGAUUCUGGAGUAUCAUAUUUUAGACAUAUAACUUGUAUGACUCAGAUUCACAGAAAACUAAUUCAUAGCAUUCGUUUAAGUCAUGUACAAAAUUUUUUAGCAGUGUAUCAAAGAAAUGGUAUUUUAUCAGUAUUUGACGAAAAUCUAGGAAAGAUUUUAUACCAAGUGAAUUUAAAAAUUCUUGAUCCCCCAAUACAAAUUGCAUGGGUCGCAUCAGCCGCCGUAGCUCUUACGUGGAGUGAAAAAACUAUUUUGGUUGGAAAUGAGUGUAAGAUAUUGGAAAUACAUGGACGUACAUCUAUUUUUCAGGAUUGUGAUGGUAUGCGCAUGAUUUCUAAUUAUUAUCAUGAUUUUCUCCGUCCGUUACAAGGAUCAUGUGACCUCCAUUUCUAUGCUGAGGAGACCAGUACUACGGAGGUUUUCGUAUAUGAUCUUUUAAGAACAUUAUCAGCUGAUGAUAGUAAGCCCUUUCAGACGAAGAAAAGUGAGGAUUUAAUCUCGAUAAAUGACCAUUUUGCUAUGGCACAGUUUGUGUUUGACCGAGAUGAACAGAAAAGAUACAUUGAGAAAGCUGUUCUAGGUUCAACUAUGCUGUGUCAGACAAAUUUAUUUCAUGUAAAAAAAGCUGUGGUAAAAUGCUGCUCCUUGUUACGUAAACUCAACCAUUUACGACAUCCUUCUAUUGGUAUGCCAUUUACUGCAGUACAGUAUAAAUUGAUAUGUAAGCAGCUUUUGUUGAGGCGAUUAUUAAUUUUUGGAAGCCAUGCACUAGCCAUGAGAAUGUUUGAGAGUGAUUCCCUUAAAAGAAGCCAAAUACUGUUGGAUUUGAUUCGUUCGCCUUCAAAUGGAAAAGGGCACUCGGAAAAGUUGUUCCUCCUGUGGAAGAAGUUUCCAGAUAUAUUAUUGUGUGACUUAAUCGAACGUCCCAAAAUUACAAAUCGUCAAAAAUAUCAGAUUGUUCAACUAGAUCACAGAGCUCAUCUACAAGUAGAUUUAUCUUCUGAUGAAUUUAUGAUUGAAGCCAUGAGUAAGGCUAUUUGUUCCAAGGACAUUGAUGCACAAUACUUCACUAUUUUCAAGUUUCUUUUGAAUAAGUCUGGAUCUAGCCUGGAAUAUUUUCUGCAGCAAAAUUUUUUUUUCAAUAUUCUCUACUAUAGAUAUAAUGUAAGAAGCUUGCUUAUACCAUCAUUAAAGCAGAAGUUCAGAGAUGAAGUAAACAAGGCUGAAUUUCAUGAAUAUUUUGGAACAGUGUUCAAGGCUAAUAUGUCCCAGAGUACUUUGAAUGUGAAGGGAAGUGACAACAAAUUUUUAAACUCAUUGAAGGAUCAAAAUUUUGGUAUUCUUCAGAGUUACAUGGAACUGUUUGAGGACGGUAUAAUUUCUGUCCGGACAGUGAGCCUUAGAAAGUUAAUUAUUUUACUUGUGUUGCUAGGACGAGUGAAUUUAGUUACAAAAUUUUGCGAUAAAUAUAUGUUUUCUGAACGACAUUACACCUUCCUUAAGGUGAAAAGUGCAUGCAAAACAAAAUCAUGGGACUCUCUAUAUGAUAUGGACGCAAAAAGCAUUAAUAUCCUUUCUUUCAUCGCACUCCUGAAAAAGUAUAGGGCUCCUGAAAAUAGAAUAUCUUUUUACGAAGCACAGACGAAAACAGAAAAUACUCCCAAACUCUUAGAGGGUACAUUGUUAGAAGCUCAAAAAGCUGCAUCUGUUCUGUCUGAAUCUCGGCACAACCUGACCUCCAAGGCAACAGAAUACAUGCGGGCAUUCAACUAUUACACAUGA